AUGGUAAAGUUACCGGGAUAUACUUUGUACAGGUGCGACCGACCUGAUAGAAUGGGUGGCGGUGUUACCUUUUAUCUACUAAAUUCUUUAAGCGCAAGAAUAUUAAGAACGUCGUUGGCAUCAGAAUAUCAUAAACCUGAAUUUAUAAUAUCAGAAAUUUCUGGCAAACACUUUGCAAAUCUUUUACUGGCUGUAGUCUACAGGUCCCCAAAUUGUGGUUAUCUUCAGGAGUUCCAACAGUAUUUUAUGGACUUACAAACUAAUUACAAGCAUUCCAUCAUUCUAGGAGACUUUACCAUCGAUAUGAACUCUCAAACGUAUAACAGUAACCAAUUAAAUAAUUUCAUAAGAUCGUCUGCUUUGUGUUUGACUCCAUUCAAGUCCACUCAUCACUUGGAAAACUCUAGUACAUUUUUGGAUUUGUGCAUCAUUGAUGACUUUAGUAAAUUUGUCAAUUUUGGUCAGCACGGCAUGGCCUUUCUUUCUGCACAUGACCUAAUUUAUAUUACGUAUAGCAUUAAAAUUGAACGUAGACGUUGUAGGUCAAUUACAUGCCGCAACCUUAAGCAGUUGAACGAAUCUGACUUUCUGAAUGAGCUACAGAUGAAGGAUUGGGCGACUUUAUUUUCAACAAAUUCCAUAGAUGACAAGGUUAACCUGCUGAAUUCCUUCUUGGUGGACUGUCUUGACAUAUAUGCCCCUGAAGUCAGGAUUAAUGUGAAGAAUCUUCUCGCUCCAUGGCUCACUACUGAAAUCAAGGACAAAAUGCGUCAAAGAGAUUCGGCCCAUAGACGCUGGCGUAGGAGUGGAGGCGAAGCUGCGUACGGCGAGUUUAAGGAGCGAAGAAAUGAGGUUCACAACCUUAUUCGAACUGCUAAGAGAAACCACUACCUUACUGUAUUUGACAAUGCCACAAGGUCAGCUAACGUCUGGACUAAACUAAAACAUCUUGGUCUAAUCAAGCAAAAUGACUUAAAUAAGGAUUUCCUUUUCUUCGUGGAUGAACUUAAUGACUUUUUUGUUAACAUCGAUGGGAGUCCUGGUGUGACUUCUCUGGAUUUCCGAGUUUGCAAUCAAGUUCGGUGUACUUUUGAUGACAGUGAUUUUCAUUGGAAGUAUGUUGACCCACAAUUAAUUAGCAAGACUAUUUCGCAGAUUAAGUCUGGUGGAGCGGGCUUUGAUGGUAUCACUUUAAAGGCCUUGAGGAAUCUUACUGAACUACAGCAUUACAGGCCCAUAGCAAUUCUUCCGGUAAUUUCGAAGGUUAUUGAAAGGAUUGCGUGCAAGCAGAUUUGGGAUUAUCUUGAGGAGUCGAGUCUGUUAGACCCAUGUCAAUCAGCUUAUCGCAGAGCAAAUUCUAUGCAAACAUGUCUAAUAAGAGUUCUGGAUGAAUUCAGGGAAUCUGCUGAUGAGAGGAUGCAUCACAUACUUAUCAGUAAAUUACGAACUUUAAAUUUCUCGCAUUCUGCGAUCUCCUGGAUCUCUUCUUAUCUUGAGGGAAGAUGUCAGAUGGUGAGGGAUCCCCUUACACGGAGGUUGUCAUCGCCUGCCUCUAUAAGCAUGGGUGUUCCACAGGGUUCUGUUUUGGGGCCGCUGUUGUUUAUCCUAUAUCUGUUGGAUUUCGCCGAUGUAUUGCAGUACUGCAAGUAUAGUCUUUAUGCUGAUGACCUGCUGAUCUACUUCCACUGUAAACCUAAGGAUAUCAUUGAGGCCAUUCGUAGAGUCAACAGUGAUGUUGCUCGGCUUGCUGCGUGGAUUACGAAAAACCAGCUCGUUCUGAAUUCUAAGAAGACGCAAGCUAUGUUGAUUGGAUCAUCGAGAUAUAUUAAUGCUCUGGAUUUGGAUUCACUGCCUAGAAUAACUGUGGAGGCUGAUGAUGUUCGGUACUCUACACAAGUGAAAUAUUUGGGUGUGACAUUAACAAACACACUUUCUUGGGACAAGCAGGUCUCAGAUGUGACUAACAAGAUGCAUAGAACUUUGUAUCAGCUAAAAAUAUGUAAAAAUCUUUUGCCCACUAAUCUUAGGCAAAAACUGGUUAUGUCAUUGAGCUGGAUAGCCCGUAAGGACGAGAUAUUACACCAGUUUAUAAAGAAAAGGAAUCCUGCCUUCCUAGCGCUGUCGGAGAGCCGACUAACGGAAGAUAUAAGUAAUUGUGAAGUAAACAUGCCAGGAUACGAUAUGGAAAAAGUGAACUCGAACUGUUGGUGUGUAGCUAUAGAAGUGAAGGAAAAAUGGUACAAAGGGUCAAUAGCUGUAAUGUACCAUUCGCCGAGUGCUCCAGAUAGUGUUUUUGUAGACUUUUUAGAGGACAUUACAGAGCGAUUAGUAUUAAAAGGAGAUUGGAAAUUAGAACAAAUUGUGAUGAGUUUGCCGAACAAGAAAGGUAUACAGGAAGAUUUGAUAAAUGAUUCGUUACGAAAAGGUCAAUGCCCAGAGGAAUGGAAAACAUCUGAGAUUAUACCGAUUCCAAAGACGGCGAAACCAAAGAAAGCUAGUGAAUAUAGACCGAUUAAUAUAUUGCCAAUAUAUGAAUGA